AUGGUAUCCUGGUUACGGGAUUUGGAGCGGUCUCUGUCGAGUGAUGAUGUGAUGCUCUUCCGGAUGAUUGCGGAGAGUAGGUACGGCCACCUGCGUGAUUCUAAAUAUAGCACAAACGUCACUAUGAUGGACUGGGUCUAUAGCACGGCAUCGGGUUGGUGGAAGACCGCGCAG